UGGAUAUAUUAACCUAUGUCACAUGGAAGCUGAGUGGCCUGCCAAAACACCGUGUGAUUGGAAGUGGCUGCAAUCUAGACACAGCUAGAUUUCGCUAUCUGAUGGCUGAGAGACUCGGAAUCCACCCAACCAGCUGCCAUGGCUGGAUCUUGGGAGAACAUGGUGAUUCUAGUGUGGCUGUUUGGAGCGGAGUUAAUGUGGCAGGCGUCUCUCUCCAGGAGCUGAACCCUGCCAUGGGGACUGACAAAGAUGGUGAGAACUGGAAGGAGGUCCACAAGCAAGUGGUUGAAAGUGCCUAUGAGGUAAUUAGACUUAAGGGAUACACGAACUGGGCUAUUGGCCUUAGUGUUGCUGAACUCUGUGAGACCAUGCUGAAGAACUUGUACCGAGUUCAUUCAGUCUCAACACUGGUAAAGGGUAUGUAUGGAAUUGAGAAUAAUGUCUUCUUGAGCCUUCCUGCUGUCCUAAGUGCCUCUGGAAUGACAAGUGUCAUCAACCAAAAGCUGAAGGAUGAUGAGGUGCUUCAGCUGAAGAAGAGCGCAGAUACAUUGUGGAACAUCCAGAAAGAUCUCAAAGAUCUCUAACUCAUGAAUGUUAAGUUCCAGCAAUACGAAAAGAGCAUGUUGUGUGCAAAAUUCAGCUCUACUCACUAUACAUCUCUGGUUAACAUUUAAUGCUCUUCCAGACUGAGCUUUGUCCACAGUAGCUAAACUUACGCUUGCUGUAACGCAGACCUUAUGAACAAAUAAAGUCACUUUCAGGCA